AUGGUACAGCCAGCAGCAGCAGCCGCGGCUGCAGGGGCAGAUGGCCUUGCUACAGCAUCUGCGGCUGCCGCUGCAGGAACAACUAAGAGGGAACACAGUAGCAGCAGCGGGUGGACUGACACCGCAAGUGUAGAUUCUGCUACAAGCGCCGUGAUGCCGCCGAGGCGCAGCGAGAGUGCAACAGAGAAACGAGGGUUCAGCGAGUCGCCACCGGGGGCCUUAUGGGCCUCUCCGGCGUAUGAAGCUCGUGAGCCUGGUGAGGAAGGAGACGGGCAACUGGCUUCUCCAUAUUCUUCGCUGCAGCAGACUAGCAGCCGCAGCAGCAGUGGCAGCAGCAGCAGCCGUAGCAGCCGCAGCAGCGCCGGCCCAGGGUCUUCCAGAGCGCGUGCUGGGGGAAGCAGCAGGUCUGACGCUGCUGGAGGAGGAGGAAGCCCACACGACUGUGAGGAGGGGGGCCCUGAAGGGGGGGAUCCAUCAGCUGACAGCGAUGUGUACUUCACGGAGAGCGACGAUGAAGACCAUCGGGAAUACAGAAGUGGCGGCUAUCACCCCGUGUUUGUAGGGGAGAUUUACGCGAGCAGGUAUCGCAUUGAGGCGAAGCUUGGCUGGGGCCACUUCUCGACUGUCUGGCUCGCUACAGACCUCAAAGCCGUUCCGCUCGAGUUUGUGGCGCUGAAGUUCCAGAAGAGUGCUCGGCACUACACGGAGGCUGCAGCAGACGAGGUGCAGCUCCUGACAAAAGUCAAGGACGGCAUGCGCCACCCUUGUUGGAGGGAAGCAGCCAAGUCUUUCUCGAAUGCCAUCCGUGAGCGACACGAGGCAGCGGGUAUGCCCUAUGAGCCGCUGCGGAAGCUGCCACUGCCUCCAGUGGUGUUGUUCAAGGAGCAGUUCCAGCACACAGGACCCAACGGCGAGCAUAUGUGUCUUGUGUUUGAGAUGCUAGCGCACGACAUACUGCACGGGCUGCACUAUCUGCACGACGUUUGCGGCAUUAUCCACACGGACCUCAAGCCCGAGAACGUCUGUGUGUCGGCGUAUCCUCUGCCUCCCCCCAACCCUCUGGCGGCCCCCUUGCCUACGGGCCAGCAGCAGGAGCAGCAGGAGAUGGAGAGUCUCACCGCAGAGAUGCGAAAGCGACUCCGGAAGAAAAAAAAACGCAAGCAGCAGCGCCUCAAAAAGAAAGCAGCAGCAGCGGCUGCUGCUGCUGCUGCUGCUGUGGGUGAAGAGGAGGCGGGCCAAUCUGAGGAGGAGGGAGACGGGGAAGAGGAAGAGGAGGAGGGGGAGAAGCAGCAACGCGAGACAGCGGCAGCAACAACAACUGCUUCUUGUGGUGCAGGCGAGGCGGCCUGCUCAGUGGGGGGUGCAGGAGAAGGAACCUGCAGCAGUGCUGUGGCGCAGGGGCAGGAGAAGGGAACAGUGCAGGUUCCAUACGUGAAACAUUUGCUCAAGCCAAGCCGAUCGGACCCGUCUCUGUUGACAUCUUACAAGGAGGAGAUACACGCCCUGCAGGGCUCUCUUCAGAAGCACAUGUAUAAUUACGUGGGGUACUCGCAGUACCAGCCGCAGUCGGCGUACUGCUGCCCAAAGACAGGAGGCAGGAUUCUCUACUGGCUGCCUAAGGAGAGGCCUGAAGAGGAGGCAACGAGGGAGGCGGGUGGUGAGGCAGAAGGGAUGCGGAGCCGCCUUCCACUGCUGCACGACGAGCUGCUGCUGCAUCCGGCAGCAGAUCGGCUUUAUAACCAGAGACUGAAGGAGGUGGCACGCACCAGCGACAAGAGAGAUGCCAGUGGCCAUCUCCUGUACGGGCCUUAUAUCAAACUCGAAAACGAAGAGCAGGCCGAGAAGGACAUGACGGUCGUCCAGACGUCGGAAGGACCCAUUUGCAUCAAGUCAGCAUAA